UGAUAUUCAGCCAUCGCCGCCACUGGACUGUUCCUUGUCGCGCCUUUGAGUGGCAAUUGUAACAUCUAGUUAUAGUUUGGACACGACAACCUGUGCGCCCGUGAGCCGUUGAAUUAUUCUGGAGAUCAGUUAACAGAGGACUGAUGGCCACGUCUGAACCGAGAACCACCGACGGCGACCAGGACCCCAACUCCGCCAAUUUAAGACCUCCAUCCACAACCUACGAAUAUGCGUGGAUGCACGGAUGCACACGGAAGCUGGGGAUGAAGAUUUGUGGGUUCCUGCAGAAGAACAACAGUCUCGACGAGAAGGGGAGGCUCGCGGGCCAGAAGAACCUGCUGUCGUGCGACAACAGUGACAGGGACGCGCGCUACCGCCUCACCGAGACCGACUUCUCCAACCUGUUCGCCAGAGACCUGCUGCCAGCCAAAAAUGGAGAGGAGCCUACCAUACAGUUUUUGUUGGAGAUGGUCGACAUCCUCACCAACUACGUCAAGAAGACUUUCGACCGCUCCACCAAGGUGCUGGACUUCCACCACCCUCACCAGCUCCUUGAGGGCAUGGAGGGCUUCAACCUGGAGCUGUCCGACCAGCCUGAAUCCCUGGAGCAGAUCCUGGUGGACUGCAGGGACACGCUGAAAUAUGGCGUCCGGACAGGUCACCCGCGAUUCUUCAACCAGUUGUCUUCUGGCCUGGACAUCAUCGGCUUGGCUGGAGAGUGGCUCACCUCCACUGCUAACACCAACAUGUUCACCUAUGAGAUUGCUCCAGUGUUUGUGUUGAUGGAGCAGCUGACUCUGAAGAAAAUGAGAGAGAUGAUUGGUUGGCCCAAUGGAGAGGGAGACGGAAUUUUUUCACCGGGGGGCGCUAUUUCCAACAUGUACAGCGUGAUGAUCGCACGUUACAAGUACUUCCCCGAGGUCAAGACCAAGGGCAUGUCUGCUGCUCCACGUCUUGUCCUCUUCACAUCUGAACACAGCCACUACUCCAUAAAGAAGGCUGGAGCUGCUCUUGGCUUUGGUACUGAGAAUGUGAUCCUGCUGAGCACAGAUGAGAGGGGGAGAGUCAUUCCUGCAGAUCUGGAGGCCAAGAUUAUUGAUGCUAAACAGAAGGGUUAUGUGCCAUUGUUUGUGAAUGCCACGGCUGGGUCGACUGUCUACGGUGCAUUUGAUCCCAUCAAUGAGAUUGCUGACAUCUGCGAGAAGUACAACUUGUGGCUCCAUGUUGAUGGAGCGUGGGGUGGUGGACUACUGAUGUCCAGGAAGCAUCGCCAUAAGCUUAAUGGAGUUGAGAGGGCCAACUCUGUCACAUGGAACCCUCACAAGAUGAUGGGUGUGCCUCUGCAGUGCUCUGCAAUCCUGGUCAGAGAGAAGGGAAUCCUGGCAGGCUGCAAUUCCAUGUGUGCUGGCUACCUGUUCCAACCAGACAAACAGUACGACGUCACCUACGACACAGGGGACAAAGCAAUCCAGUGUGGCCGACACGUCGACAUCUUUAAGUUCUGGCUCAUGUGGAAGGCCAAGGGUACCAUAGGGUUUGAGCAGCACAUUGACAAGUGCUUGGAACUGUCUCAGUACCUGUACAACAAGAUCAAGAACAGGGAGGGAUAUGAGAUGGUGUUUGAUGGAGUGCCCCAGCACACCAAUGUUUGCUUCUGGUAUAUUCCACCCAGCAUGAGAGGCAUGCCCGAUGGUGAUGAGCGGCGAGAAAAACUCCACAGGGUGGCGCCAAAGAUCAAGGCCAUGAUGAUGGAGUCAGGGACAACCAUGGUGGGCUACCAGCCUCAAGGGAAUAAAGUCAACUUCUUCCGUAUGGUCGUCUCCAACCCUGCGGUCACCCAGUCUGACAUCGACUUCCUCAUUGAUGAGAUUGAGAGGAUGGCUCAAGACCUGUAGACCUCUCAGCCAUCACUGCCUCGGUGUAUUUCCAAGACAAAUGCUACGAGGUGAAACAUUCACAGUGCUGCAGACUGAAUAGUGAUAGGACGUAUUUUAGGUUCUUUCUAUCCGGUCUAUCUUAGCCUGAAGCAUUUUGACUGUUUCUCUAACGGAAGAGAAACUCAUAAUGAGAGACUUUCUUACUUGCUCGUCCCACAUAGUUCCUCCUCUAGACAAAAUAUGUAAGUACUAAGUAUCUGAAGGCUCCAGGUACAACAAACAUCUGCUAAACUAAUGUAUGUGUGUACUGUGGAAUCUUGUAAUGUGUGUGCGUGUAAGCUAGUUUCUCAUCCAAUGUAGUUUGUCUUUUAAUGUCUGUGUGUGUGUGUGUGUGUGUGUGUGUGUGUGUGUGUGUGUGUGCGCGCGCGUGUGUCUGUGUGUGGUCAACCACAGAAAGGGAGAAAAGCACAGAUCAAAAUAUAACAAACUAUCAUAACAUUAUUUUGCUGUAUCAUACAUUUGCUACACAAAAUUGAAUCAUUGGUGCUUUCAGCUGUACAUUAUAUUUAAUCUCAGUGCACUGACCUAUUUGUCCUAAACCGAUGUCCAAGCCCUUGCAGCAGUGUGUGUGCAGGUGUGCAUGUGGCACAAUGAGUGUAUCCUGUCAUGUAUUUUAGGCUAGCACUAUGUUAAAAAUAAGCUUAUUAUUACCUUAUGUGCACACCGUAGGUACCAAGUGUGUUAAGCUGAGGGGUGUUAGAUAACCCUUAGCAACUGAUCUACAGUCUGCCAUAUUUUUGCUCGUAGAGGUUUAAGAUUAAGAUUUAAAAUGUCUACAGCUAUGUCAAGUCUGUGACAACUUUAAACAUGUAAAACGCUGGCUCGUUGUUUGU